CAAGUCCCAAUUCCCAAACCAAAAUAUCCCCAACCACCUUACUCCAUUCAUUACAAUAUAACAACAAACUUCUAACUAACUACAUACGAUCUCCAUAUACUCCCUCAUCAAGGAAACCAAUAAUUGAAUUGAAGAAAAAUGACGAUGAGGCUAGAAAUAAUGUACUCCUGUUUAUUAGUAACGUUGAUUGUGAGCGGCGGUUUGGUAAAGGGAGCAGAGGACUUGCAGGGCAAGUGCGGGAAAGACAUCCAGAAGGUGGCGGCGUGCCUGAGCUUCGCGACUGGGAAGGCGGAGAAGCCGGGGAAGGAAUGCUGCGACUCGGCGUCGAGCAUCGACGCGAGUGAGCGCCCGCUUUGCUUUUGCUAUAUCAUAGAGCAGGCGCACAAUACAUCUAACACUCAGAUACAGAGCUUCGGUAUUCGGGUUGAUCGAUUGCUUCGGCUCCCUUCUGAUUGCAGCAUCCACGACGUCAACGUCACUACCUGUCCCAAGCUGUUGAAUCUUCCGGCGAACUCUCCCGACGCCGCUUUCUUCACCAACUCUUCUGGUUCCACUACUCCCGUGGUCGCAGCAGGCACUGCUCCCUCCAAUGCCUUCAAGCAUAAUCCCCUGCAGCUUGCUGGACACUUACCGGUUGCGGUAGCCAUCAUCUGUUUCACAUUUUGGAAAAUGUUUUAAAUGUAGUUACGAUAAAUAUAAUUUCUAUGCUGUUUUAGUCUUUUAGAACGCCAUACUUAUAUUUUAAAAAAAUUUACCUCUGGAGUGUAAUCUUUAUGUAAUUUUCAAGUUCAUUGACUUUGGUUUUCCACUUAAUCAAAGUAGUUAGGGAACUAA